UUCUUCGCCGGCAUUUGACACUUGUUUGCUUCUCUUACAUCUAUCAUGAGUCAUCUGAAAAUUCCCUUUAAGACCAAAUCUGAUCUUUCCGACAGUAGAGUUCUGUAAUUAGGGCACGGUUCUGGUGUUAUGAUCUGAGCUUGCAUUGAUCUCCUGAAGAAGAAGCUCGUUUCGAGAGAUUUCGGUUAAACUUCCGUGUCAGAUAUAGGUGAAAUCAUGGAACGGAUUCAAGAACGGUGGAGCUACGACGUGUUUUUGAGCUUCCAUGGAUCCGAUACGCGGAAGAACUUUACAGAUCAUCUUUAUUAUGCUCUGACGGAUAACGGUAUACACACGUUCAGGGACGAUGUAGCAUUGCCGAGAGGAGAAAACAUCGUCUUAAAGCUUCGAGAAGCCAUCGAGACAUCCAGAAUUCUCAUCGUCGUCUUGUCCAAGAACUAUGCGUCAUCUCCAUGGUGUCUUGAAGAGCUUCUGUGCAUUAUGAACUGCUGCAGAUGUAACUCCAGACAAAUGGUUCUUCCGAUUUUUCACGACGUUCAUCCGUCGGAUAUCCGGAGACAGAUAGGGACAGUUGCUGAAGCGUUUUUGAAACACGAAACCCGAAACCCGUCGAACAAGGUGCAGAGUUGGAGAGUAGCUUUGAGAGACGUCGCGAAUUUGUCCGGGUGGCAUUUGAGUGACCGGUACGAAGCAGAAUGCAUCAAAGAAAUUGCUAGAGAGAUUCUUCAAAAGUUGGACAGUUCAUACCUGCGUGUAGCAUCAUAUGAUGUCGGAAUAAGAUCGCGUCUGCAUCAUUUUUUUCAACUCAUGAGCAUCGGGUCUGACGAUGUCCAAGUUAUAGGAAUCUGCGGGAUGGGCGGGCUUGGUAAAACAACGAUAGCCAAGGCCGUGUAUAAUGAACUCUCGCAUCUUUUCGAAGGAAAAAGUUUCUUACAUAACUUCAGAGAGCAUUUCGUUACACCCGAAGGGAAAUUCCAUCUGCAGGAACAACUUCUUUCCGACAUCUUGAAGAGAAGCGACACAGCGGUCAAAGGCACCAUUAACGCGUUAAAAGGAAGAUUCCGCCAGAAAAGGGUACUCGUUAUAAUCGACGAUGUUGAAGACUUGAGCCAGCUUAACUCAACAGCAAUAGAGGUGAGCUGGUUCGGUCCAGGAAGCAGAAUAAUCAUUACAACUAGAAACAGGCAUUUACUGAAGCAGCUUGGGGUCGAAAGAAUGUAUUUACCCGAGGAACUUACCGGAGGUGAAUCCCUCGAGCUUUUCAGCUGGCAUGCCUUCGGGAAAAAACAACCGCCUGAAGAGUUUUCCGGGCUCUCGGGAAAUAUAGUUGAAUACUGUGGAGGACUACCCUUAGCUGUAGAAGUCUUGGGUGCUUUUCUGUCCAAGAGAACCAUUAGAGAGUGGAAAAGUACUUUGGCAUUGCUGAAACAACAACCCGACGAUAAAAUUCAAGAAAAACUUCGAAUCAGCUUCGACGGACUGAGCAGUGUACAGAAGGAUAUAUUCUUGGACGUCGCCUGCUUUUUCAUCGGAAUGGAUAAAGACUAUGCGAGUUAUAUAUUAGAUGGAUGCGGGUUAUGUCCCGACAUAGGACUCAGUGUUCUAAUGGAUAGGUUUCUCAUUACAGUCCACGACGACAAGCUAAUGAUGCAUGACUUGAUACGAGACAUGGGGAGGCAUAUUGUCCGAGAAAAAUCUCCCAAGAACUGCGGAAAACGUAGUCGAGUGUGGGAACCGGAUGAUGCUUUUGAUAUAUUGACGAAAUAUUCGGGGACAGAAGAAGUGGAAGGACUCAGCCUGAACGCUCAGGCUCUGGAUACCAAGAUCUUGGAUGCUAGAGCGUUCUUGAAUUUGCCCGAGUUGAGAUUGUUACAACUCGGUAAUGUACAAAUCAUAGGAAGCUAUGAGAAUUUUCCGAAAGGUUUACGGUGGCUUUGUUGGCACAAGUUUCCCUUGGAGAUCGUACCGGAAAACUUUUAUUUACGAGCCUUAGUUGUCAUGGACAUGCAGUACAGCAACCUGAGACGGCUUUGGAGUGCUAAGGGGGCUCAGCACCUUAAAAAGCUAAAAUACCUUGAUCUCAGCCAUUCCUUUUAUCUCACAGAGACUCCAGACUUCUCUUAUCUCCCGAACCUCGAGAAGAUCCUAUUGGUGGAUUGCAGAAGCUUGGUUUUGAUUCACAGUUCCAUCGGGAUUCUUCACGAAAAACUCGUAUUCUUGAAUUUGAAUGGUUGCAUUCGGCUUGAGGGCCUCCCUUCAGAGCUUUACCAGCUGAAAUCUCUGGAGACUCUCAUUCUCUCAGGUUGCUUAAAACUCAAGAAGUUGGAUGAUGCUUUAGGCGGAAUGGAAGGUUUAACGACUCUUCUUGCAGAUCAUACGGCUAUAAAGAAAGUGCCCUCUUCGAUCAUUCGGCUGAAGAGACUGAAAAGUUUAUCCCUUUGCGGCUGCAAGAGAUCAUGGAAUAAUGGCUAUGCCCAUUUUGGAAGAAGCCCUCUCCCCGUCUCGUUAAUCAGCUUAAACUCUCUCAAGGUUUUACGUCUAAGUUACUGCAGUCUAUCCGAUGAGCUGAUGAACCCUUAUGACAUCCGGAGUUUCCCUUGUCUCGAGGAACUUGACUUACGGGGCAACGAUUUCCAGAAUCUGAAAACCGAUUUUGCGAGAUUUCAGAAUCUCUUGAUUCUCAGAUUGGAUAACUGCUCAAAACUCCAGUCGAUUUAUAGCUUACCCACGAGCUUGAAAUACUUGCAUGCUGCUGACUGCGUAUCUCUGGAAAGAACUCCCGAUCUUUCGGGAUGCUCGUUUCUGCAAGCUCUGUACCUCACCAACUGCGUCAACCUUGUUGAGGCAACCGGUCUGGAUAAACUGAAAACGAUUAGAGUCAUCCGCAUGGAAAUGUGCAAGCGCAUAUCGAAUUCUUUCAAAGAGAGUCUCCUCCAGGGGUGGACUGUGAGGGGCUAUGGAGGAAUUUUUCUUCCAGGAUCAAGACUCCCGAGCUGGUUCAGCUUAAAGGAUGAGACGAAAUCGGUCUCUUUCACAGUUCCUGAAGCUCAUAAUCUUGAUUCCGUAGGGAUGAAGCUAUGCGCGAGUUACACGAGUAAUCUGAACAAUGUCGUGUCUGAAUACUCUCCGACCAUCACAGUGAAGAAUCACACGAAGGGUAGUGUACGGACAUGCAGGACGGAAGAACUUGACGUUCGUAUGUACCGUGAACAACAUCUCUGUCAUGGUCACCUCCCGAACGAUGAUCUGGAUUUUGAACAAGGUGAUCGAGUGGAAGUUGAAGUGGAUUUCGGCGGUCAAGUCACUGUUCUUCAGACAGGGGUUGCUCUUGUCUACGAAGCGAAAGAGUUGUAUACAGAAUCUCUGUGUAGACCACGCAUCGAGUACAACCAUGCAUCAAACGAACAUGGUAUUGUUUCAACAGAAGAAGGCUCCAUUGAUGAAACCAGAGACGAGCAAUUGAAGGAGAAAGAGGCUGAAACUAUGGAGGAUUUCUCUGGAGUGAAUGACUGUGGUGAUUACCCGGAGAUACCAACGGACAGAGCCAUGGGAGAAAACCAUCGAAGACCUCUCAGGAAAAUGAGUGGAGGUGCGAGACUAUUCCUUGGAGCAUUUGGUUUCUUGGCGUUCAUUGUUGCUGUCGGAAAAUAUGGCAUACCUCAGCGGCGGAAAUGUCAGAUGGAGCAGACAAGAUGAACCCUCUCUUUGAAUAAGAGUAUCUCGUUUUCUGCCGCUCAUGCUUGCUCGUCGACUCCCACCGCGCCACGUGUCAUUGGGCGGUCACAAGACGAGUUAUCCCAGAUCCACUUGUCAAACCUCUUCAGAAGGCAGCAACCAAAGACCGGUCUGACGGUGACGGUGACGGUGACGGUGCUACAAAUUUGUAGGGCAUGUAAACUCCAAAUAAAUUGCAAGUUGCAGUGACUGAAACCGAAUCUGGUAAAUUAAAUUUGAGAUAAAGACAAAUUAGAGCAAAUUAA